AUGUCGACUGCUACACAACCAGAAAAACUUGACUCACUUCAAAAAUUGGAACUAGAAUCAACAAUUGGAUUCGAAGGAAAAGUUCCCCAUGGAUUAAGAUUACAUCCAGACCGUGUUCACAUGGUCUAUCCCCUGGGAUGUAAUUUAGUCAUUGAAAAUCUACAAACUCGUCAACAAGAGUUUUUACUUGGUCACAAUAAUAACAUAUCGUGUUUAACAAUAUCAAACAAUGGGAAAUAUAUUGCAUCAGGACAAGUUACAUUUAUGGGAUUUAAAGCUGAUAUUAUCGUAUGGGAUUAUGAGAGUCGGGAUCCUUACGCUCGGCUUGUCUUACAUAAAGUGAAAAUUGAAAAUUUAGCGUUUUCAUCAUCAGAUAAAUUCUUGUUCUCGCUUGGCGGACAAGAUGAUGGAAGCAUUGUUGUAUGGAAUAUCGAAACGAAAGAGCCCGUAUGCGGUAGUCCCGCUCAGCAUAAGAGUGCUGGAAUCACAUAUUGUCUAGCAUCUGCAAAAGAUAAUGAUUAUCUGUUUUACAGUGGUGGAAAUGGUACAUUACGAUUUUGGCAAUUAGAUGUGGCUAAUCGAAAAAUUCGUCCGACAGACAUCAACACAGGGACAACUAAACGAAUCGUUUCACUCGAUGGAACUCAUCUGUAUUGUGGUACGACUACAGGUGAUGUAUUAAUGAUUUAUGUUCCCGCUGCACAAUUCAAAGCAAUUGGACCCGAAAAGAAAAAAUAUUCAAUGGGUAUCACGGCCAUGCAAAGUCUAGUAAAUGGUGAUGUUCUAAUAGGAACAGGUGAAGGAAAAAUACAUGUGACUGAACAAGGUACAUUUAAAUCCACGAAAUGUUUACAAGCCAUGGGAGAAGUGACAUCGUUGGCUCUACGUGGAAACGAAUUAUUAAGAAUAACACAAGCAAAUAAAACGUGUAAUUCACUAUGUUUUACAAGAGAUGGAAAAAUAAUCGUGAGUGGAUGGGAUGAUGGUCGUAUUCGUGGUUUUUAUCCUGAAAGUGGACGAGAAAUGUUUACUGUGAAUGAUGCUCAUCAUCGGGGGGUAACGGCUGUGGCUGUUACAAAUGACUGUAAACGAAUUGUGUCGGGCGGUGGUGAAGGAAUGAUUCGUGUAUGGCAAUUGAAUAAAAAUUCACGUGAUCUAAUAGCAACAAUGAAAGAACAUAAAAAUGCUGUUGUUUCAAUACGAAUAAAUAAAUCUGACACCGAAUGUGUUACAGCUAGCUUAGAUGGAACAUGUAUUAUUUGGAAUUUAAAACGUUUUGUUCGUAAUCAAGUUUUAUUUGAAAAUACACUGUUUCAAUGCGUCGCUUACCAUCCAGAAGAAUAUCAUAUUAUCACAGGUGGUACAGAUCGUAAAAUUGCCUAUUGGGAAGCGGUCAAUGGUGCACAAAUACGAGAAUUAGAAGCAUCAAAAUCAGGAACAAUUAAUGGUUUGGAUAUCGACUGUUUGGGAAAUUAUUUCGUCACUGUUAGCGCAGAUAAAUUAGUUAAAUUAUGGCGAUAUAAUGAAGGUGAAGUGUUUUCUGUUGGUAUUGGUCAUGGAAGUGAAAUAAAAAAAGUGAAAAUAUGUCCAAAUAGCGAACAUAUUGUAUCAGUGAGUGCAGACGGUGCCAUAUUUCGAUGGAGAUUUCCAAAAAAUGCCGGUUAA